CUGCGCCCGGCGGGCGUGAGGGUGGGCAGCGGCAGCGGCAGCGGCUACCGAAUCGCAGCCACAGUCUGCAACAGUAACCGAGCCAUGGCUCGAGCUGGCGGGCGGCACAGGCAGACAGCAGCCGCGGCAGGCACACGGGCCGCGUCAAGGGAGCCGGGGGCAGCAGGAUUCUAAGAAAGAGAGGGGCGAGUGGGGGCCGGGCUGGGCGGGCUAGGGGCACCGCGCUCUCCCAACAGCACGGAUCCUUUUUGGAAAUUAAUAUUAAAAAAGAAAAAAAAGAAAAGAAAAGGCAGAGGGGAAGGUAGGAGCAAGAGAGAAGGCAAGACACACACAGAGAGAGCGAAAGACACAGAUCCCCACAGUGAGAGGAAGAAAGGCCACAGUCGCAGGCAGCCGAUGUGAAGACUGGACUCUGUGCGCCCCUCGCCGCCUCUGCCCGGCCACAUCGAUGUUGCAGCCCGCUCACCCGCAUCACGAUGAACGCACAGCUGACCAUGGAGGCGAUCGGCGAGCUGCACGGGGUGAGCCAUGAGCCGGUGCCCGCCCCUGCUGACCUGCUGGGCGGGAGCCCUCACGCGCGCAGCUCCGUGGGGCACCGCGGCAGCCACCUGCCUCCCGCUCACCCGCGUUCCAUGGGCAUGGCGUCGCUGCUGGACGGCGGCAGCGGAGGCAGCGAUUACCACCACCACCACCGCGCCCCUGAGCACAGCUUGGCUGGCCCCCUGCACCCCACCAUGACCAUGGCCUGUGAAACUCCCCCAGGUAUGAGCAUGCCCACCACCUACACCACCUUAACCCCUCUGCAGCCGCUGCCGCCCAUCUCCACCGUGUCCGACAAGUUCCCUCACCACCAUCACCACCACCAUCACCACCACCACCCACAUCACCACCAGCGCCUGGCGGGCAACGUGAGCGGUAGUUUCACACUUAUGCGGGAUGAGCGCGGGCUGGCCUCCAUGAAUAACCUCUAUACCCCCUACCACAAGGACGUGGCUGGCAUGGGCCAGAGCCUCUCGCCCCUCUCUGGCUCGGGUCUGGGCAGCAUUCACAACUCCCAGCAAGGACUUCCCCACUAUGCUCAUCCCGGCGCGGCUAUGCCCACCGACAAGAUGCUCACCCCAAAUGGCUUUGAAGCCCACCACCCUGCCAUGCUCGGUCGCCACGGGGAGCAGCACCUCACGCCCACCUCGGCCGGCAUGGUACCCAUCAACGGCCUUCCUCCACACCAUCCCCAUGCCCACCUGAAUGCCCAGGGCCACGGACAGCUCCUGGGCACAGCCCGGGAGCCCAACCCUUCGGUGACCGGCGCGCAGGUCAGCAAUGGAAGUAAUUCAGGGCAGAUGGAAGAGAUCAAUACCAAAGAGGUGGCUCAGCGUAUCACCACCGAGCUCAAACGUUACAGCAUCCCACAGGCCAUCUUCGCGCAGAGGGUGCUCUGCCGUUCCCAGGGGACCCUUUCGGACCUGCUGCGAAACCCCAAGCCCUGGAGCAAACUCAAGUCCGGUCGGGAGACUUUCCGGAGGAUGUGGAAGUGGCUGCAGGAGCCGGAGUUCCAGCGCAUGUCGGCGCUCCGCUUAGCAGAAAGCGCCAUGGGUGGCAGUGUGCCUUCUCUGAGGAUCACAUCUGGAGGCCCCCAACUGUCUGUUCCUCCCUUACCUGCCUGCAAAAGGAAAGAGCAAGAACACGGGAAGGACAGAGGCAACACCCCCAAAAAGCCCAGGCUGGUCUUCACAGACGUCCAACGUCGGACUCUACAUGCAAUAUUCAAGGAAAAUAAGCGUCCGUCCAAAGAAUUACAAAUCACCAUUUCCCAGCAGCUGGGGUUGGAGCUGAGCACUGUCAGCAACUUCUUCAUGAAUGCGAGAAGGAGGAGUCUGGACAAAUGGCAGGACGAGGGCAGCUCCAAUUCAGGCAACUCUUCGUCUUCAUCAAGCACUUGUACCAAAGCAUGAAGGAAGAACCACGGACUAGAACCUCGGUGGAAAAGCUUUAAAUUAAAUAAAAAAAAGUUUUUAAAGACCAGGACCUCAAGAUAGCAGGUUUAUACUUAGAAAUAUUUGAAGGAAAACAAGUGGUAUUUAUAGUCCAAAGAAACCAAAGACUAAAAAGCUCACCUGCAUUCUGACUUUGUUCAGAGACACAUACUUCAGCGGGGCAAGACUCGGCAAGAAAGAUGAUGGAGAAAACGUCGGAUCUCGCGCCUUCAACCCCUGCACCUCACUGUGCUCGGCUGCUCAGUGGCUCUAAGCACAGUAAUGUUUGAGCCAUCGAGUGGACAUCUUUUAAGAUCAGACGUUCUUAUCUGUUCCACCACACUGCAAAGGUGUGUAGUGUCUCAAUAUCACGUGUGAGUAUGUGUGUGCAUGCGUGCACACGUAAACACACAGCAACACCAGUGUUUAGGGACUCAGGCACGGCUGGUCUUCAGGAAGGGUUGCACCAUAUGACAUGACCAAGCUGGUGUGGGAUUUCUAAGUUCAUUGGAUCUGAGAUGUGAGUUUUCUCAUCUAAGCCUAGCGUUUGAACCUGCCAGGCCCACAACCUAAAUGCAGAUUCAAACCCAGCAAAGAAAAUUUGAAUGGCACC